UGCACUAGUCCUGAGAGCCAACAGCUCAGAGAAGUAGUCCAGCCACUCCAAAAGCAUUUCAGUUACUGAAUCUUUCAGCUGCAGCUUCACAGCACAGAUUUGACUAAAUCAUUGCUGAGUGACAAGAUCUCAUUUCUGUAUCACACCUGAGACUCAGAACAGAAGUGAAGAUGGGGAUGCAGCAACAUCCACACAGCUUUCUAAUCCUUCUCCUCAUCAUUUUCAUUGCUGGGAUAGCCUUCUCUGGCCCCUCGACCCCACGCAGGAGCAGAGUGAGACGUCAGAACAUGAAAGUCCGCAUCAACGCCACAGGAGACACCAUUGUGAUGAAGUUUUUGCGUCCCAACUCUGACACCAAGCUAGAGGGCUACAUCCUUGGCUACGGCAGCAGUAUGUUCUCCAAACAGUUCAUUCAGCUGCCUGAGAAUGGACAGCCAUAUGAGGCCGAGUUUGAUGCUGAGCCCAAGUACCUUGUAGCUGUGCAGCCCAUCCCAACCAAUGAGGUGAAAAAGCACUGCACAGGUAAAGUGGAACUGGAAAAGCCACUACAUUUAGUCAUUGGGUCAGUAACACCCACUUCGGUCCUCCUGUCCUGGGGAACCCUGCUGAAAACCCCCUAUGAAGGCAACAUCAUGAAUGACUGUCUUGAAGAUGGACACUACACAGUGCGUUAUCGUGAGAGGAACAGGAAGUGGAACUACCAAACCUGCCCAACCAGCGACACCGUAAUUGACCAUCUGAAGCCCAACGCAGUCUAUGAGUUUGGUGUUCAGCCCAAUUCAAGGGAUGGCACUGGAAUGUGGAGCAAACCAGUCAUCCACAACAUAAGCUCAGGGAACGUGGAGGAGAAGGCAAUCAGGAAAAUCUUUAAACGCCCUAUCACUUCUGUGAAACCUCUAACGACAGGCCAAGUCACCUUUCCCUUUACUCCUCGACAUGGGGCCAAGCACAGUUUUGCAGUUUCAAACUUUGACCAAGAUACAGUUCCCAAUAACAGGACCAAGAGCAGAAUAACCCUCAGCAGGGACAUGUCCCCAAAGACAACUCUUGCACCAACCACAACUACUACAACCACUACAACUACUACAACUACUACAACUACUACAACGACUAGACAGGAAUAUCCAUCAACCCCUGGAUCCACACUACCUGUGGUCACCAAACAGCCAAUCGGAAGAGACCAGCCCAGAUCUCUCUUGCCUCCUUCCCUGGUGACUCCGUUAUCUCCCCUUCCAGUCCCCCAGCACAAUAUGGAGAGACACAGGGAUCCUCUGAAUCAACCACAAAUUCCGUCCCCAUCCGAAAAUAAACCAGAGCCUCGACCAAACCCCCCACCUCAGCCAGAAUAUCCACAUCUACCACAGCCAAAGGUCCAAACCCCAAAACCUCAACUUAAGAACUGGGCCAAGGCAGAGUCUCAACCACAUCCUCAUCAUAAAUUCCAACUCACAGCCCAGGCACAACCACAAACGACAUCCCAGCCACAAACGCAGUCCAAACCAACAUCCCAGCCCAGAACUUGGGCUAAACCAUAUUCCCAUCCAACAUUUCAGAGCAUAUCUGACUACCAACCCCAACCAGAAUUCAAGUCCGUACCAGCGAUACCCACUGAACCAAAAGUAACAUCCCAGCACAUAGCCCAGACAAAACCACAACCCCAACCAGCAUCAAAGUUUACUCCCAAGACCAAACCACAGCCCCAACCAACAUAUCAACCCAUACCACUUACCUAUCAACAUUCUCAACCAGGAUCAAAGCCCAUACCCCAAGCCAAACAUAAACCAACACCCCAACCCAUACAGCAGACCAUUCUUCACUCACAACCCCAUUCAACCUCCAAGCCCCAACACCAGACCAAACCAAGUACAAGACCAUCAGCCCAACCCAUACCACAGACAAUUCUUCAAUCACAACCCCAUCCAGCAUCCAAGCCCAUACACCAGACCAAACCAAGAACCAGACCAUCAGCCCAACCUAUACCACAGACAAUUCUUCAAUCACAACCCCAUCCAGCAUCCAAGCCCCAACACCAGACCAAACCAAGCACCAGACCAAAAUUCCAACCCAUACCACAGACCAUUCUUCAAUCACAGCCCCAUCCAGCAACCAAGCCCAUACACCAGACCAAACCAAGAACCACACCAACAUCCCAACCCAUACCACAGACCAUUCUUCAAUCACAACCUCAUCCAGCAUCCAAGCCCAUACACCAGACCAAACCAAGCACCACACCAACAUCCCAACCCAUACCACAGACCAUUCUUCAAUCACAACCCCAUCCAGCAUCCAAGCCCAUACACCAGACCAAACCAAGCACCACACCAACAUCCCAACCCAUACCACAGACCAUUCUUCACUCACAACCCCAUCCAGCAUCCAAGCCCAUACACCAGACCAAACCAAGUACAAGACCAUCAGCCCUACCCAUACCACAGACCAUUCUUCACUCACAACCCCAUCCAGCAUCCAAGCCCAUACACCAGACCAAACCAAGUACAAGACCAUCAGCCCAACCCAUACCACAGACAAUUCUUCACUCACAACCCCAUCCAGCAUCCAAGCCCAUACACCAGACCAAACCAAGUACAAGACCAUCAGCCCAACCCAUACCACAGACAAUUCUUCACUCACAACCCCAUCCAGCAUCCAAGCCCAUACACCAGACCAAACCAAGCACCAGACCAACAUCCCAACCCAUACCAGAGAUAAUUCUUCAAUCACAACCCCAUCCAGAAUCUGACCCCGUAUACCAGACCAAAUCAAGCACCACAUCAACAUCCAAACCCAUACCACAGACGAUUCUUCAAUCUCAACCCCACGCAGCAUCUGAGCCCGUUCACCAGACCAAACCAAGUGCCGGACCAACAUCCCAACCCAUACCACAGACGAUUCUUCAAUCACAACCCCAUCUAGCACCCAAGCCCAUAAACCAGAGCAGUCUUAAUACCAGACCAACAUCCCAACCUAUACCGCAGCCCUUAGCACAACCACAACCACCGUCAAAUCACAUACCGCAGAUGAAACUAAAACCCAGUCAAACACCCCAACCUUAUAUCCAGACCCUUCCUCAAUCACAGGCUCAGACAAAACCACAUUCCCGAUCAAAGCCUCAAACCACAACCCAGAUCCCUGCUAGAUAUAAAUUUCAUCCAACACUUCAGCAUACACAUCAGAUCAAUUCACUACCACAACAGAAUCCCAAGACCCAGACACAACUAGGAGUUCAAACAACAAUCCAGCCCACAAUUAUAGCGCACCCACUGAACCUUCAACCAACACCUCAGUCUAAGAUCCAACAAGCCCUACAGCAGAAUAAAAUCAAACCCCAACCUCAACCACCAUCUACAACUCAGACCCAAAAACAACCUCAAUCAAAAAAAGAAGAGACUGAACCAACAACUAAGCAGCCAUUGAAGACUGAAAUUACACCUAAACAUAAGACCGAUGUCUCACAUCCCAAGCCCAAAAAACAACUGAAACCCGAGGGGCAACCCAAGCCUAAGACACAGGCUGAACCAAAGAGCCAAUCCAAGCCCCAACCAACACCUAAUCUCAAAAAACAGCCAAAGGUUAAACCACAAUCUCAACAAAAGCCACUACCAAGGGCCCAGCAACCUCACACAAAGAUUCAGAAAUUCCCACAAUCCCCCCAUCCAAAUAAGACCCAUACCCAAUCUACACCUUAUUCUGAACCUGCUCAUCAGUCCCAACCUUCACCAAAGGCCCUGUUGAAGUCCAAACCUGAUCCUUUACCCAAGCCACACUCUGCAUCUAGGUCCCAACAACAACCUCAACCUGGGCCUCAGUUUGAGUCUCAGUCCAGGAGCUACUCUGUUACCACCAAGGCCACCCCAAGGCUGGCUGUUACGACGGCUCCUAGUCCACCAGAAGAGGGCAAGCCCCUACCAAGACCUGCCCUGGCUUCAGAGAAGGCUGGUGGUUACAAUCAGGGUACUGGUGUUGGCAAACCAUCCAUUGCUGAAGUUCCUCAGUCUCCUAUUAGCUCAUCAGUUCCUCAAGCAGGAAGAAACGGCACUCUGUCACGCAACCGAGUUCCUCCAAAUUCCAAUCGUAAAAGUGUCCGACCACUCACUCCAUCCAAGACAUUCACCUCUUCUCAAAGCUCCAGCUCACCUGGUGCAAUCGGUGGAGCACAUCACAGGGGCAAUGCUCUUCCUAAACCUCCAGCGUGGCCAAGAGAGAAACCUGUGCUGCGUCCAUCUAUUCCUGUCAACAAGAGACCUAACCUGGUGGGGAAACCUAGUGACCAUGAUAAACCCAUGGACCUGAAACAAGGAGAGAAGGAGUCCAUCUUGAAGCCAUUCCCGAUGGUCACAGCCAAACCGAAGCAAGAGCGCAGACAACAGACAACCACCUCCGCCCCUGCAGUAAACAGCAGUCGCUUUGACAUAAAUGAAAAUUCUUCCAUAUUCAGCACUAUGCCUGCGUCUGAGGUAGACAUCAUGGGCAAGAAGCGCUUCGUCGCUCCACAUGUGAUCUACAAGACAGAUAAGAAGCCAGAUGAGCCAUGCUCCAUCACUUCCUCCCUUGCUUACUUCCCUGAUGAAGAAGGAGCUGAUCAGAAUGUGACAGGUCCUCCCCGUGUACCUCCCUCCAAUCUCACUGUGGUCACUGUGGAGGGCUGCCCAUCUUUCGUCAUUCUCGACUGGCAGAAAUCUGACAAUGAAACUCGAGAGUAUGAAGUUGUAUCCACCACUACAGGACCAAAAGGACAGGAGGUGUCUAUACUGACAACCAACCAGACACACACAGCUGUGGAAAAUCUCAUGCCAGAAAGCAGUUAUGAAUUCAAAGUUACACCAAAGAAUGAGCUGGGAACAGGACCCUCCAGUGAUCCUGUGUCUUUCAACACUGAAUCAGCUGAUCCACGAGUGAGUGAAAAUGUAUCAGGCAAAGAUGCCAUCUGGACACAGUUCCCUUUUAAAUCUGAUUCCUACUCCGAAUGCAAUGGAAAGCAGUACGUGAAGAGAACCUGGUACCGAAAAUUUGUUGGCAUCCAACUCUGCAACUCCUUGAGAUAUAAAAUCUACCUGAGUGACUCUCUCAAUGGGAAGUUUUACAACAUAGGAGAUCAGACAGGACAUGGUGAGGACCACUGUCAAUUUGUAGACUCUUUCCUGGAUGGAAGGACUGGCACCCAGAUGCUUGCAGACCAGCUACCAAGCAGGCUAGGGUACUUCAGAGCGCUGAGACAGGAGCCUGUGCACUUUGGAGAGAUUGGAGGGAAGUCCCAUGUUACUUAUGUUGGCUGGUAUGAGUGCGGUACACCCAUUCCUGGGAAAUGGUAAGACCCACAUGACUGUCAAGGAGGGAUAACUUGAUUCAGAAGAACAACAACAAGAAGAGGCCCGAUAAGGCUUGAAGAGAGGCUGGGCUUUCUUUCAUAUUACCAUGGACACUGUAAAUGGGUUUGAACUAAGCCCUCUCUCCCAGGUAUGAUCCUGUCCAAGACUAUUGGGUGUCACAAAACUCCUCAGAGCACAUUCGCUACAUUGGUCAUAAUUUCUGUAUUAACCAAAGAUGCCACAAUAGAUGAAAGGAUGCAGGAGUUUGAGUGAACCAAAAUGCUGAAUAUACAGUAAUCACAGAGAAGUUGUUGGGAAGCUGGCUCCCAAAGUGUAAUAACUUGUAUGAUGUUAUUUAUCAAGGGGAUUGUUAUUGAAGUUUCUCUGUGUGCUCUGGCUUUUAAUAUAAGAAAGUUACAAUAGUUUCCAAUACUUGCAUGUCGGUGAGCAGACAUGCUGUUCACACACAUCUGUAUACAGAAAGGUGCCAAUCAUGCUUUCACUGUACAAUUUGACUCUGUAAAAUACAGUAAAUACAGACAUGCAGAAUCGACCUUCUGCUGGCCCUAAGGGAUUAUUAGCAGUUGCAGUUUGCACAGUAUUAAACUUUUGUUCAUACAGUAUAUGUAUAUGAUGUCAAAUACAAUAUGUAUACCAGGGAUAAUAUAGUUUUGAUGCAUUUCAGGUAAAAGAAAAACAUCUUUAGCGAAAUUAAUGAUCUAUUUGAAGCCAAAGCUUGAAUCUUUUGUUUGUAUGGAGUAACAUGGAAGAAAAGUUGUUUGUGUCUUUAAUGCUUGUGUAGUCUCAGUCUGUGUUCUAAAAAAAUGACAUAAAAACACCAAAAUCAACUAAGGUUCCAUGUUAAAUUACAUAUGCAAAUGACAUAAUUUAUGUUUUGUGUUCAAAUAACUUCCAAGUGUACAUAAAACUAUAAAUCAAUGGAAAUUUGUCACCUCUGUCUUGAUAGCAGUCGUUUUAAGCACCAUGUUUUUUCAG